AUGGUUAAUGUUAUUAGUAUUUUAUUGCUCCUCGGGCUGGUCGGUAAUAUUGCCUCGGAUUCGAAGUAUCCCGAUGUCCUGCAAAGCUACGAAUAUGUGAAGCAACUGCGGACGCUGGGAAAGGAGUUUACUGAGUUCUACCAAAAUGUUACUCUGGAGCGAUUGAGCUUAUUCGAGUCCGAGGUUCGCUGUCCACAGGAUCUCUUAUGUCUAGCGGACUUGAAAGCUUUAAUAAAUGGUUUCUCAUCCAACCAGUCUUGGGCAUUUAGGAUGAUCGAUUCAUGGGGUUCCAUUCCCUCCGGAGUGCUGACCGGCAAUAUCUGGGACUUGGGAUACUUCGAUGAAUGCCUGUCAAUUAACCAAGUUAUAAGCAGCAGUCAGAAAAUAAGCGGAAAGUACUGUUUUCUCAUUGCCAAUAGCUUGAGAAUUGCCACUUGUUUUCCGGCUUCAUGUUCGUCCACUCAAAUGGAACUUCUUGUGAAGCAACUUGUGCACAAAAAACUCAAUUUAAAUAGCACUAGCAUAAGUAUGAAGAUCAGUGAGGCGAGUUGCCAGACAAGUGCUGGUGAACCUUGGGAUGGACUGACUAUUUUCACCGUAGUGAUUCUAUCCGUGAUGGGUGCAAUUGUGACAUUGUUCACAUUUUAUGACUAUUUUUUGUGCAAGGAUCAAAAUCAAAUUCCAGCUCUGGUAAGGGCUUUCUCCGCGCGGGUCAACUCCCGAACACUUUUCCGUAUCGAGCCAAGCAAAUCGAACCCCAAUGUGAUCGAGUGUCUCCAUGGCAUCCGCUGCAUGUCACUUAUUUGGGUCAUCUUCUCCCACGAAUAUAUAUUCACUAUGAAAUCCCCCAAUUUAAAUAAAUUGGAAUUAUAUUCGUGGGCUGUGCUUCAUGGAUACUUCUCAGUAGACUCAUUUUUCGUCCUUGGAGGCUUACUAGUCUCAAUGAUUGUUCUGCGUUCCAUGGAGAAAUCUGGUGGAAGACUUAACCCGCUAAAGAUGUAUCUGCAUCGGAUUAUACGCAUCUUGCCAGUCCUAGCAGUUGCGAUAAUUGUCUAUAUGGCAAUGAUGACUGUUGUCAGUGGUGGGCCAUUGUUCAAAAGUGGGUACCACGGCAAAGAGGCUUGCGAAAAUGGAUGGUUUUGGACUUUGCUUUUCAUCCAGAACUACGCGGUCUUGAACAUUUGUCUGGAUCACACUUGGUACUUGGCGGUGGACAUGCAGCUGUAUAUAAUCUCCCCAAUCCUCCUAAUUGCUCUCUACAAAUGGGGUAAAAAAGCGGCUGCUGGUAUCGCAGUACUUGUGGUUUUGCUCUUGGGCUGCCUCUUUGCCACCCAGAUGGUCAACCACUACUCGCUGCUCAUUAAGAAUACCGCUGAGGACGACGGCGUUCCCAGCCAGAAGUUGUACUUGGCCACGCAUGUUCACGCUGCUCCUUGGCUGAUUGGAUUCCUGUUUGGAUAUUUUCUGCAUCUGAAUCGGGGCAAGAAGUUCGAGUUGAACUGGCUGGCUGUGUGGUCGGGUUGGAUCCUCAGUCUGGCAAUGCUCCUCACCUCAAUCUUUGCCCUUUAUCCGGCGGCCCAGUGGAGUGCUCCGGCUCUGUCCACGCUGGAGGAAUCCCUAUACUACACCCUCACCCGAUUGGCCUGGCCUUUGGCCAUUUGCUGGGUGAUUUUCGCCUGCAUGCAGGGAUAUGGUGGUCUGGCCAACAGUUUCCUCUCCACUCCCUUGUGGCAGCCACUUUCAAGACUCUCAUACUCGGUGUAUGUUUGGCACAUGUUCGUCCAAGAAGUGAACAGCAGAAACUAUAGGACGAACACAUAUUUCUCCAACUACUCUGUGAUGGAGCAUUUCUGGUUGGAUUUUGGCUUUACACUGUUGAUGUCCUACCUUUUGUAUCUUAUCAUCGAAGCUCCUUUGUGUGGCUUUGAUAGUCUUAUCCGUACACGAAGGGUACCGCCUGCCCCCAAUCCACCAGCACUUAUUUCAAAUCAGAAUGAUGACUUAGAGACCAGAAAACCAGAGGAUCAAAGUGUGUCUGAAACGAGCCCACUUGAAAAUGCUACGUUACCUCAAUAAUUAGUUAAUCAAUUUGUAAAUUUAAAUAAUCUUUAUUAUUUUAUGGAAUUGGAUUUGGGUAUUGCGAUUAGACCUUAAACAAACUUA